AUGGAGUACCAUACGAAGAUCCGGUGGCAGAAGCAGCCGGAGAAUCAAAUGGGAAACAUUCUCUUCGGUGGACACGACAGCGAAAUUUGUAAACACAUCGCAUGGCUGUUUGAACAGAUCCUGGUGAUGAUCACUGACGUGAAAACCGAGUGGCAACUCACUAAGAGUGUCAUAAUGGAGGCUGCCGCCGAAUGCUGCGGAUUCAAAUGGGUUGGCCUGCCGGUGGAUGUCAGAAAAGAUAUUUUGCUGCUGGACACCAGAGGUACAAUUGACGUUUAA